UUUAAUUUUUCACUCUUGGCUUGAACUGCAUUGUCUGGGGAAAAUGUAACAACAAAAAGCAGGAAUUCUUUUUCUUAACAUAAUUUAGUGUAAUGAUAACUGACAGUGCUGCAGUAGGAUUAACAAAGAUUGCAGAGAAUUUGAUAAAUAACAGAACUUUCCCCGAAGACAUGUGACUGAUGAUGACUGUGCUGAAUUUUCUUCCUCUUUCUCUCAAAUGAAGUUUUAUACCAUCGAAUACUGAGCAAAAAAAGUAACUAUGUUUGGACUCCUUUUCAUUUUAUUCACCCCUGGAGUCAGUGAAUUAAUUUGUACAUCAUCAGAUCUUGAAAUGUCGUAUACUUUUUGUGAUUCUACAGAUCAUGCUUUCAUGUUUAAUCUGACACCUUGCAGCAUGACAAAGAAACCUGUCUGGAAGGCUGCUCUUACCUGGAUUCCAAGAAGUGACAUCCACUUUUUGAAGAUUGUCUUCAAUGUCUGGUACGAUGGUGCCAAAGCACUCCUCUGGAAAGAAAUCCUCUGCAGCGGAGCUGACGAUGAAUACUCAGUGUGUGGAACGCUGAAAGGAGAAACACUUGCAUCAGCAUUUGACAUUAAAGGCUCAAGAAUAGUAUUUCCAAAGGGCAAUUAUAGUGUUGUUGUGCGAGGAUUCUCUGAUGAUUCUGAGAAUAAUAUGAUCAUAUGCUUGAAUUUCACCAUGAUAGUAAAACAAGAUACUUUCUGAGUGCAACAAACUUCUCAAAGAAUUCCAGAACAUGGAGGUCACUUCUGUAAGCAACUAGAAUCCAAGCUCUGAAAUAAUAUGCAUUCUGAAUUUCCUGAAGCAGAAUACAUCAUGUGCUGUCUGGGAAGCUUUAUGAUGUAUAGUCUUACUCAUUUGUAGCACAGCCAUAAUCAGUUGCUCAGCCAGUGUGCACCAAAUCUUUGGGAAUCAGCCAUCCUGAUUAAUCCACAGAAUUACCCUGACUCGAUGUCAGGCUGGUCUUGCAUUUUAGUGCUGUGCCUUGAGUUACAAUAAAGUUGAUCCUUCAGGCUGAGCUAAAGUAAUCAAGAAGUUUUGAAGUUUUGAAGUGCAAGAAUCAGAAGUUCAUCAGUAUUCAAUUUAAAAUAACACAGCAAUUGAAUUUGGGAAUCCUGCUGUGAGGUGGUGGGGGUAUUUUUUCUGUUUGUUUGGGGGUUUUUUUCUUUUCUUAUAACAAUAAAACUUGUUUGUACAAUCAA